UAAUCCAAAACUAACUUUAGUUUUAACAAAAAUGAACAUAUCAACUUCUGCUUCACUACUGCUUCGCUCUCGCUUCGUUUCUUUUUCUGCCGCAGCUAGAGUUUCAUCUUCCUUUUGUAGAGUUUCUUCUGCGACGUCGUUUCCUUCUUCUUCUUCUUCAUUUCCGCUCCUCUGCAAUUACAGCUGUCAUCGCUCUUUUAGCUCAUCUUCAGCUUUACGGUCUUUGCGUUGCUCUGCUCCACGCUGGAGCCAUGGAGGACUUGAUCGGCGCUCUCCGACGAGCCUUCACUCUCACGAUCGACGCGCCGCUUCUGUCAUGGAGCUGCUCCGUCGCAAACUUUCUACUGUCGCUUCUGAACAUCCUUUCAAGGGGAUAUUGACCAACUUGCCUAGACCUGGCGGUGGAGAUUUUGGAAAAUUUUAUAGCUUGCUUGCUUUGGAUGACCCAAGAAUAGAUAGAUUGCCAUUUUCUAUAAAGAUACUUUUGGAGUCUGCAAUACGUAAUUGCGAUAACUUCCAAGUUACAAAGGAAGACGUUGAAAAAAUCAUUGACUGGGAAAGUACAUCACUUAAGCGAGUUGAGAUCCCUUUCAAGCCUGCUCGUGUUCUGUUACAGGAUUUCACUGGUGUGCCGGCAGUGGUGGACCUAGCUUGUAUGCGCGAUGCUAUGAAAAACCUGGGAAGUGAUCCCAAAAGAAUUAAUCCGUUGGUUCCAGUAGACCUUGUUAUUGAUCAUUCAGUUCAGGUAGAUGUUGCAAGAUCUGAAAAUGCGCUUCAAGCAAAUAUGGAAUUUGAGUUUCAGAGGAACAAAGAGAGAUUUGCUUUUCUCAGAUGGGGUGCUUCUGCUUUCCAGAACGUGCUUGUUGUUCCUCCUGGAUCAGGAAUUGUUCACCAGGUUAAUUUGGAGUAUUUGGGACGAGUUGUCUUUAAUACUGAUGGCCUUCUCUACCCUGAUAGCCUGGUUGGUACUGACUCACACACUACUAUGAUUGAUGGGUUAGGAGUUGCUGGUUGGGGUGUAGGAGGAAUUGAGGCAGAAGCAACAAUGCUUGGCCAGCCUAUGAGCAUGGUGUUGCCAGGUGUUGUGGGGUUCAAAUUAUCUGGGAAGUUGCGUGACGGUGUCACAGCAACUGACUUGGUUUUGACUGUAACCCAAAUGCUGAGAAAGCAUGGAGUUGUUGGCAAAUUUGUUGAGUUUUACGGUGAUGGUAUGGGUGAACUAUCAUUGGCUGAUAGAGCCACUAUUGCAAAUAUGUCUCCCGAGUAUGGAGCCACCAUGGGUUUCUUUCCCGUUGAUCAUGCUACCUUGCAUUAUCUUAAAUUAACUGGACGAAGUGAUGAGACUGUGGCAAUUAUCGAAGCAUACUUGCGCGCAAACAAAAUGUUUGUCGACUAUAAUGAGCCUCAACAAGAGAGAGUUUAUACAUCAUACUUGCAAUUGGACCUAGCAGAUGUUGAACCUUGUGUUUCAGGACCAAAGAGGCCUCAUGAUCGGGUUCCCUUGAAAGAAAUGAAGGCUGACUGGUAUGCGUGUCUUGAUAACCGAGUUGGGUUUAAGGGCUUUGGUGUGCCAAAGGAAGAACAGGAUAAGGUGGCAAAGUUCUCUUUCCAUGGACAACUUGCGGAACUUAGACAUGGCAGUGUUGUUAUUGCAGCCAUAACAAGUUGCACAAACACAUCAAACCCUAGUGUUAUGCUCGGAGCAGGUCUUGUUGCAAAAAAAGCUUGCGAACAUGGUUUGCAGGUUAAGCCAUAUAUUAAAACAAGUCUUGCUCCAGGUUCUGGAGUUGUAACGAAAUAUUUGCACCAGAGUGGCCUGCAACAGUACUUGAAUCAGCUGGGCUUUCACCUAGUUGGCUAUGGCUGCACAACUUGUAUUGGGAAUUCUGGAGAACUAGAUCAAUCUGUUGCUUCUGCAAUUUCAAAUAACGACAUUAUUGCUGCAGCUGUCCUUUCUGGAAAUCGCAACUUCGAAGGGCGUGUUCACCCACUGACAAGAGCUAAUUACCUUGCUUCGCCUCCCUUAGUUGUCGCCUAUGCAUUGGCUGGCACGGUUGACAUUGACUUUGAGAAGGAGCCAAUUGGAACAGGGAAGGAUGGAAAGAGUGUAUACUUAAAGGAUAUUUGGCCCUCCAAUGAUGAAAUAGCAGAGGUCGUACAAUCCAGUGUUUUGCCGAGCAUGUUCAAAAGCACUUAUGAGGCUAUCACGAAAGGAAACCCCAUGUGGAAUCAGCUCUCAAUCCCUGCUUCCACACUCUACUCCUGGGAUCCAAAAUCAACUUACAUCCAUGAGCCACCUUAUUUCAAGAACAUGACCAUGGAACCGCCAGGUCUUCAUGGAGUGAAGGAAGCUUAUUGCUUGCUAAAAUUUGGAGACAGCAUAACUACAGAUCAUAUUUCCCCCGCAGGCAGCAUUCACAAAGAUAGCCCUGCCGCGAAGUAUCUCCUUGAGCGUGGGGUUCAACCCAAUGAAUUCAACUCUUAUGGUAGCCGUCGUGGCAAUGAUGAAAUAAUGGCAAGAGGCACAUUUGCCAAUAUUCGCAUUGUCAACAAGCUCUUAAAUGGAGAAAUAGGCCCAAAGACCAUCCACAUUCCUACAGGAGAAAAGCUUCAUGUGUUCGAUGCAGCAAUGAGAUACAAGGAAGCUGGGCAGGACACCAUUGUCCUAGCAGGAGCAGAGUAUGGCAGUGGCAGUUCUCGAGAUUGGGCGGCCAAGGGUCCGAUGCUGCUAGGAGUGAAAGCAGUGAUAGCCAAGAGCUUUGAGAGAAUUCAUCGUAGUAAUCUAGUCGGAAUGGGGAUCAUUCCGUUAUGUUUCAAGCCCGGUGAAGAUGCAGACACAUUGGAAUUGACCGGUCACGAAUGUUAUACUAUUGACCUUCCAGAAAAGAUGAGUGCUUUAACUCCAAGACAAGAUGUAACUGUCACAACAGACGCUGGCAAAUCUUUCACUUGCAUAGUCCGCUUUGACACGCAGGUUGAGUUGGCAUAUUUCAAUAACGGUGGCAUACUCCCUUAUGUCAUCAGGAACCUGACUAAAGAAUAAUCGUCCAGCCAGUAUAUAGUUGCGAGUUGCUUCCCAGUCUAUUGUAUAUUCUACAUCUGUUUCUUCGUCUGUAAAAAUAAAUUGAAAUCAAAUCUCAAGCUUGUUUUCUUGAAUUAAAAGUUUAAAUAUAGAUGUUUGUGUAUUUUUUAA